GUGGUGUUUCAGUCUGUCAGCGGCUCUUGUAUGAGACUCAUGUCUGCGCUUUUAGAAUCAAAAGCGUGAAGAAGAAGAGCAAAAUAAGAAAAAGAGAAAGAAAGAAAUCAAGACAGAGAGAGCGGGCGGCCAGUGUUGGAAGCCUCUUUUCCAGUUCAAGUGGGUCGUGCAUUAAGGUGUCAAAUGGCCUCCAGGUCCAGGUGAGGUUGGGAAUCUUAGGGGAGAGAAGAGCAGAGACUUGGUCGAGGGAAGAGUUUCACACAGAACAUGGCCUCAACCAAACAGAAUGACGUGCAGCAAAGACUAGCAUGCAUUAAAGAAGAGGAAUGUGAGUGGGGUACACUAGAGGAGCUGUGUGUGAAGGUGGAGGAUGGCGAGGGAAGCAUUUCAGGGUGCAAGGGAGAGGCAGUCGAGAUUAAAGUGGAGGAUCUGAAAGACUUCACCGUUACCUUUGAACUGCCAAGGCGUACUAUCAAGCAAGAUGUUUGUGAAGAGUCUCUCUUCAGUUCACACCCCUGGUUCAUUGAUACGGGACAACAGCCUACCCAGCGGAAUUCUGUGGAACUGAAAUGUGAGUUUGAAGAGAAGAUCAAUGAAAGAAACGGGAGAGAGGCAGAAGAGCAGCAGUCGUGUGGGAGUUUUGAAAAAGAUUCACAGGAGGAUGGCAGCUUCUCCCCACUGUCACUUCCUCAUCCCUCCCUGCACUGCAAACUGAACAAGGAGAUGAAGAAAUCAACAAGAGGAUCAGAGGGUUUGACCGCAGCUUCUUUCCAGGACAGUCCUCUUCCUGCUGACAAACUGACCCUGACAGACACCAUCAACACUGAUGAACAACAAGCUCAUCAACAUGUCGACAUUCACCCUGAAGAGAAGCGUUACUGCUGUUCAGAAUGUGGUAAACAAUUUCCCCAUAAAAACAGUCUCCAGAAGCACACAAAAAUUCACAAUGGAGAAAAACCGCAUUGCUGUCCAGAAUGUGGUAUAGGAUUUUCAUUUCUAAGUAGACUGCACAGGCAUUUAAAAAUUCACAGUGGAGAAAAGCCUUACUUGUGCACUGAAUGUGGCAAACAGUUUUUAGAAGUAAGUCACCUUCAGAGCCACAUCAGAAUACACACCGGAGAGAAACCUCACUUUUGUUCAGAAUGUGGUAAACGAUUCUCACAUAGCAGCAGCCUUUUAAAGCAUACGCGAAUUCACACUGGAGAGAAGCCUCAUUGCUGUUCUGUAUGUGGGAAAAGAUUCUUACAAAUAAGUCACCUUCAGUGUCAUAUCAGGAGUCAUACUGGGGAGAAACCCUAUUAUUGUUCUAAAUGUGGAAAAUGUUUUGCAAAUAGCAGUGGUCUUUAUAGUCAUGAAAGACUCCACACUGGCAAGAAGCCUCACAGCUGUUCUGAAUGUGGCAAACGUUUCUCAGAGAGCAGUAGUCUUCAUAGCCACAUGAGAAUACACACUGGAGAGAAACCCUAUUGCUGUCUGGAGUGUGGCAAACGGUUCUCACAAAUACGUGGGCUUCACAUUCACACAAGGAACCAUGCUGGAGAAAAACCAUAUGGCUGUUCAGACUGUGACAAACGAUUUUCGGACAGUUGUGGCCUCCAAAGGCAUAGACGAAUUCACACUGGGGAAAAGCCAUAUGGCUGUUCUGAAUGUGGCAAACAUUUUGCUGACAGUAGGACUCUUCAGAGGCACACGCAGGUUCAUAUUGUAGAGAAGCCCUAUAGUAGUUUUGAAUGAGGCAGAUGAGUUCUGAGAAACUUCAUGGCUAUUCUGAAUGUGCAAAUGUUAUUUAAUUAACUAUUAAGCAGUAAGGAUGUCUGGAGUUGAUUCCAGGUAUGGAUUUUUCAUUUGGAAGCUGUCACUGUGUUCUCUCAAUAGGGGGUUCAAAGAGCUGCCCAUACAAAUAAAAACAGGCCAUCAUUAGGCUGAGACAACAAGACAAACCCUUUAGAGAGACAGCAGAGACACCAGGAGUGGUCAACUCAAGCAUUUGGUAGAUUCUUAAAGAGAAGGAACACACUGGAGAGCUCAGCAACACCAGAAGGUCUCGAAAGCCACAGAAGACCCCUGUGCUGGAUGAUCACAGAAUUCUGUCCUUGUUGAAGAAGACCCCCUUCACAACAU